GCAUGAAGAGCAUCUUCUUUCUCGAUCGAACCCUUCAUAACCUACAACCCGUCAAGACUAUGAUUGUCUGACGUCUGGAUUGAUCCCAACUGUGUCCCUUUCUUGUCUUCCGCUAGAUGCAUGCGGCCAUUCAUACAAGAUCGUCGAACGUCUUACUGGUUUUCUGGCCCGACCUUGUUUAGGUUAAACAUCUUGAGUGUCGAUAAAGUGGCCAAAUGGCUCACAACUACGAGGUCGGAACGCGGGCCUGGCAGCCGGAUCCGACUGAGGGCUGGAUUGCGUCUGAGGUGAAGGAGAAACUGGUUGAUGGGGACAAAGUGCAACUCAUCUUUUCUAUAGAAAAUGGAGAGACGAAAACUUUCGAAACCAGUCAGGCUGAAUUGCAAAUUGACAACAACCCGAACUUGCCUCCGCUGAUGAACCCUGCCAUGCUGGAGGCCAGUGAAGAUCUCACGAAUUUGUCGCAUUUGAACGAGCCUGCUGUCCUUCAGGCUAUAAAACUACGUUAUGCACAGAAGGAGAUAUAUACCUAUAGUGGCAUCGUCCUUAUUGCUACAAAUCCCUUCGCCCGGGUCGAUUCUCUCUAUGUCCCGCAAAUGGUACAAGUGUAUGCUGGAAAACAUCGAGCAUCUCAAGCACCUCAUCUGUUCGCUAUUGCCGAAGAAGCAUUUGCCGAUAUGCUACGGGAUGGUAAGAACCAGACCAUCGUCGUCUCUGGCGAGUCGGGUGCUGGUAAAACUGUCAGCGCAAAGUAUAUUAUGCGAUAUUUCGCCACGCGCGAGUCUUCCGAUCAGCCUGGGAAAUACACCACGAGUCGGGCAGAUGCAAUCAGUGAGACCGAAGAGCAAAUCCUAGCCACAAAUCCUGUCAUGGAGGCUUUUGGCAAUGCCAAGACGACACGCAAUGAUAACUCUUCGCGCUUCGGAAAGUACAUUGAGAUCAUGUUCGAUGACAAAACCAAUAUCAUAGGUGCGAAAAUUAGGACAUAUCUUCUGGAAAGAUCCCGUCUCGUGUUUCAGCCCCUCAAAGAGCGGAAUUAUCAUAUAUUUUACCAAUUGGUAGCCGGCGCAACAAAUGCAGAGAAGCAGGAGCUUGGCCUGACUUCAGUCGAAGAUUUCGACUACCUUAGUCAGGGCGGAACACCGACAAUCGACGGUGUUGACGAUCGAACAGAGUUUACCGCGACAAAAAAAUCCUUGAGUACCAUUGGCGUGCCGGAAAAGACACAAGUGGAAAUUUUCCGGGUGCUCGCCGCCUUGCUUCAUCUUGGAAAUGUCAAGAUAACCUCUACAAGAACCGACUCCAAUCUGUCGCCUUCGGAGCCUUCUCUCAUGCGAGCGUGCGAAAUGCUCGGGAUCGAUGCGAACGAAUUUGCGAAAUGGAUAGUCAAAAAGCAGCUAAUUACCAGGGGUGAAAAGAUCACCUCUAAUCUCACGCAACAACAAGCCAUCGUUGUUAGAGAUUCUGUUGCCAAAUUCAUCUAUUCGAGCCUCUUCGACUGGCUUGUUGACAAGAUCAAUCGCGGCCUGGCUACUGAUAAGAUCCUGAAUAAUUUCAGAUCUUUCAUUGGUGUCUUGGAUAUCUACGGAUUUGAACAUUUUGCGAAGAACUCCUUCGAGCAAUUUUGCAUCAAUUAUGCCAAUGAAAAAUUGCAGCAGGAAUUCAACCAGCACGUCUUCAAACUUGAGCAAGAAGAAUACAUCCGGGAACAGAUAGAUUGGACAUUCAUUGACUUCUCAGAUAACCAGCCGUGUAUCGACUUAAUCGAAGCGAAACUGGGUAUCCUGUCCCUUUUGGAUGAAGAGUCUCGACUACCGAUGGGCUCAGAUGAACAAUUUGUGACCAAGCUUCAUCAUAAUUUUGCCGCGGACAAACAGAAAUUCUAUAAAAAACCGCGUUUCGGCAAAUCCGCGUUUACGAUCUGCCAUUAUGCUGUCGAUGUAACAUAUGAGUCUGACGGAUUCAUAGAGAAGAAUCGGGAUACUGUACCCGAUGAGCACAUGGAGAUUCUGCGCAGCUCUUCUAACGAUUUUGUGAAGGAGAUUCUGGAUACCGCCGCUGCUGUCCGCGAGAAGGAUUCAGCUACUAUCUCUUCCAAGCCCGUCGCUGCUCCUGGACGCAAGAUUGGAGUAGCUGUCAAUCGCAAGCCAACCCUUGGUGGGAUUUUCAAGUCGUCUUUGAUCGAACUGAUGAAUACGAUCAACUCGACUGAUGUUCACUACAUCCGCUGUAUCAAGCCGAAUGAAGCCAAGGAACCCUGGAAGUUUGAAGGACCAAUGGUUCUUAGUCAACUGAGAGCUUGUGGUGUCCUCGAAACUGUCCGCAUCAGUACAGCCGGGUAUCCAACACGCUGGACUUACGAGGAAUUCGCUAUCAGAUACUACAUGCUCUGUCAUUCUUCGCAAUGGACGUCGGAGAUUAGAGAUAUGUGUCAUGCCAUUUUACAAAAGGCCCUUGGAGAUGGUACUCAGCAAAAACAAGACAAAUACCAAUUAGGGUUGACAAAAAUCUUUUUUCGGGCUGGUAUGCUUGCUUUCCUCGAAAAUCUUCGCACAUCCAGGCUCAACGAAUGUGCGAUCAUGAUUCAAAAGAAUUUGCGGUGCAAAUAUUAUCGGCGCAGGUAUCUUGAUGCUCGCGCCUCGAUCCUUACAACCCAGGCUUUGGCUAGGGGCUUUCUCGCGAGGCAGUUUGCAGCUGAGAUUCGCAAAGUCAAGGCAGCUACAUCCAUUCAGCGGGUUUGGAGAGGGUACAAGGAACGGAGUAAAUAUAACAAAAUACGCGCCAAUUUCAUCCUUUUCCAGUCAGUUGCGAAAGGAUUUCUUUGCCGCCAAAAUAUUCUCGACACCAUACAUGGCAAUGCAGCGAAAGUAAUACAACGAUCUUUCCGUUCUUGGCGGCAGUUACGCGCGUGGAGGCAGUAUCGUCGGAAUGUUGUCAUUGUUCAGAACCUUUGGAGAGGCAAACAGGCUAGGAAACAAUACAAGAAGCUUCGAGAGGAUGCAAGAGAUCUGAAGCAAAUCUCUUACAAACUUGAGAACAAGGUGGUAGAAUUGACGCAGUAUCUUGAGUCAUUGAAGCGUGAGAACAAAGCGCUGAACUCACAACUGGAGAACUACGAGACUCAGCUGAAGUCUUGGAGAAGCCGUCACAAUGUCCUCGAGAAUCGGUCGAGAGAGCUACAGGCUGAAGCCAACCAAGCUGGGAUCACUGCUGCUCGUCUAACCGCUCUGGAAGAUGAAAUGAGCAGGUUACAGCAGAGCCAUAAUGAUGCCCAGGCGACAGUCAAGCGACUUCAGGAGGAGGAAAGAAUAUCAAGGGAAUCAAUUCGCUCUGCGAAUCUAGAGCUGGAGCGACUCCAGCAGCUGAACAGUGAAGCUGAGAAUGAGAAAGCUUCGCUUCGUCAACAGAUCGUCGAACUCGAGGAACAGCUGGAAUUCGCCAAGCGAUCCGUCCCCAUCAAUGGCUUGAGUGGUGAUCAGUCAAAUGGCGGGCCUACUCAACCGCCCGCAACUGGCUUGAUCAAUCUGGUAUCCUCGAAGAAGCCCAAGCCUAAGAGACGCAGCGCCGGUGCUGAACGAAUUGAGACCGACCGUUUCAGUGGAGCUUACAACCCAAGGCCAGUCUCGAUGGCUAUCCCGAGCUCUGCGAUGGGACGGCAGCCAUUCACCGGCAAUGCCUUCUCCCCAGGACUGGACUCUGUUGAGGUAGAGCUCGAGAAUCUCCUAUCAGAGGAAGACGAGCUCAAUGAGGAGGUGACGAUGGGCUUGAUUCGCAAUCUGAAGAUCCCACUACCCAGCUCUACACCGCCACCUACAGAGAAGGAGGUUCUUUUUCCGGCUUACCUUAUCAACCUUGUAACCUCAGAAAUGUGGAACAACGGGUUCGUAAAAGAAUCGGAGCGCUUUUUGGCCAAUGUUAUGCAGUCGAUUCAACAAGAGGUUAUGCAGCAUGAUGGCGAUGAUGCUGUUAACCCUGGGGCGUUUUGGCUCUCCAAUGUACACGAAAUGCUCUCGUUUGUUUUCUUGGCCGAAGACUGGUAUGAAGCCCAAAAGACCGAUAAUUUCGAGUAUGACCGACUGCUUGAAAUUGUGAAACACGACCUGGAGAGCCUAGAAUUCAAUAUUUAUCAUACCUGGAUGAAAGUGCUAAAAAAGAAGCUCUUCAAAAUGAUUGUACCAGCGAUCAUCGAGUCUCAAUCACUUCCCGGCUUCGUUACAAGCGAGACAAACAGAUUUCUUGGAAAGCUUCUCCCAUCAAACAACAAUCCUGCUUAUAGCAUGGACAACCUCCUCAGUCUCUUGAACAAUGUUUACAAAGCGAUGAAGGCUUUCUACCUUGAGGAGUCUAUCAUUACUCAGACAGUGACCGAACUACUCCGACUUGUAGGCGUUACAGCUUUCAAUGAUCUUCUGAUGCGCAGAAACUUUCUGUCUUGGAAACGUGGCUUACAGAUCAACUACAACAUUACCCGCAUUGAAGAAUGGUGCAAAAGCCACGAUAUGCCCGAAGGUACUCUACAAUUAGAGCAUCUGAUGCAAGCGACCAAGCUCCUGCAGUUAAAAAAGGCUACCCUCAACGACAUUGAAAUCAUACAAGACAUUUGCUGGAUGCUGUCUCCGAAUCAAAUCCAGAAACUGUUGAACCAGUAUCUUGUUGCCGAUUACGAACAACCCAUCAAUGGCGAAAUCAUGAAAGCUGUUGCGUCUCGUGUCACCGAGAAGAGCGAUGUGCUUCUUCUUACUCCCGUUGACAUGGAAGACAGUGGCCCGUAUGAAAUUGCAGAGCCACGUGUCAUCACAGCACUGGAAACAUACACACCUUCUUGGCUACAAACACCGCGGCUCAAGCGGCUUGCCGAGAUAGUAUCAGCUCAGGCGAUGGCCCAACAGGAAAGGUUGGACAUGGCGGAAACAGGCGAGGCAGCGAUCGCAUCUAAGUAAUUUGUAUAUUGGAAGUAGCUUGAUCAAACCCUGAAAGAGUC